AUGAACGUUGCUGAAAUAGGCGAACUAAAAAAAUAAUUGACCAAAGCAUUAACAGAAAAUGCUCAUUUGAUGUAGAAAAAUUAAUUGCUAGAAUUAAAGUUAAAAGAAACAGAAGAGCGUAAUUGCAAUAUAUAAAAAAUGAAUGGAACUAUUAUGCAUGUGUUGAAUGAUCUUAAUGUGUAAAAUAAUAGACCUUCCACUGAGAUUCUAAAAUAGUAAGAUUAAUUCAAUAUGAAAUUGAUGUAAUAUCAAAAGAGAAUAGAGUCUUAUGAAACCUAAAUAAAGAAUUUGUAAACUCAGUUAUAAGAAGCACUUAUAUCCAAAAAUGAAUAAAAUCAAAGAAUAACAUAACUUUAAGAACAUGAUUCCUAAUUGCUCAAGUAGAUAGGAGCAUUGGAAUCAUCUGUUAAAACAUUGACUGGUCAAUUGUAAUUGUAAGGCAAACAAACUCAGGAAUUCUCCUAAUAAUUGGAAGACCUUGAAUUCGAGAGUCAGAAGGUCAAAUUUUCUUAGAGUGUUAAAAUCGAAGAAUUAAACGAGGAGAACAUGAAACUUAAAGAAGAAUUGAAAUCUCUUAUGGGAUAAUACUUAAGAAAGACUUCUUCAUCCAUGUAAACUAGUGUACCAGCAUCGCCUUAAAAUAUUAGAUUGUAACCUCAACCUCCACAAACUACCACAACUCCUAUUAUUAAGAAAUAGACACCUAAAAAGAGGACCACAACAAUCACUUAAUGGAAGAAAUGA